CAUUGCAACGCAUUCUCUAUCCUUCUCUCCCCGUUUUCUGCCCUUCAGCCGCCGCUCCUCUCCGGCACGGGGCACUGGCGUUUCAAUGAGUGGCCUGACCUCAGUCGCAUUAAGGUGCUCGUCACUCUCAAGCCCACCUUCCUAUGCUGAUGAGGAAAUAAAGUUCGUAGAAGCUUCACAUAGUGGAAAUUUGAUUCCUUUAUAUCGAUGCAUAUUCUCUGAUCAGCUUACCCCUGUUCUAGCUUACCGGAUUUUGGUCAAGGAAGACGACCGGGAGGCUCCCAGCUUUCUUUUCGAGUCUGCAGAACCCAAUUUUCAAGUUUCAAAUGUGGGGCGCUAUAGCAUUGCAGGGGCUCAGCCAACAAAGGAAAUUGUGUCGAAGGAAAACAAGGUUACAGUAAUGGACCAUGAACUUGGGAACUUGACUGAGGAUAUUGUCGAUGAUCCCAUGUGGAUUCCUAGAAAAAUCUCGGAGGCUUGGAAACCCCAUUUCUCUGAUGAACUUCCAGAUGCAUUUUGUGGAGGUUGGGUAGGCUAUUUCUCAUAUGACACAAUUCGUUACGUGGAGAAGAAAAAAGUUCCAUUUUCAAGGGCUCCUCAGGAUGACAGAAACCUCGCCGACAUGCAUCUCAGCCUCUAUGAUGAUGUAAUUGUCUUUGACCAUGUCGAGAAGAAAGUAUAUGUGGUUCACUGGGUGAGACUAGAUAGGUACUCCUCAGCAGAGAAUGCUUACAAAGGUGGAAAGGAACGGUUAGAAAAAUUAGUUGCAAGAUUACAGGAUAGCAUCCGCCCAAAGCUAUGCCCAGGUUCUGUGAAACUUCAUACUCGCCAGUUUGGUUCUGCUUUGAGGAACUCAAACAUGACAAGUGAAGAAUAUAAGGAUGCAGUUCUUCAAGCAAAAGAGCACAUUCAGGCAGGGGAUAUUUUUCAGAUCGUUCUGAGUCAGCGUUUUGAACGCAGAACAUUUUCUGAUCCAUUUGACAUUUAUAGAGCACUGAGAGUGGUGAAUCCAAGUCCUUACAUGGCUUAUUUGCGGGCAAGGGGAUGCAUUCUGGUUGCUUCUAGUCCUGAGAUUCUUACACGUAUAAAGAAGAAGAAGGUUGUGAAUCGUCCAUUGGCCGGGACAUGCAGAAGAGGAAAGACAGUGGAUGAAGAUGAUGAGCUAGAAAGGAAACUGCUGAAUGAUGAAAAGCAAUGUGCAGAGCAUGUCAUGCUGGUUGAUUUGGGACGCAAUGAUGUUGGGAAGGUCUCAAAAAUUGGUUCUGUGAAAGUUGAAAAGCUUAUGGAGGUCGAGCGGUAUUCCCAUGUCAUGCACAUAAGCUCAACGAUCACUGGAGAGUUGCAAUACCACCUGACAAGUUGGGAUGCCCUGCGUGCAGCUUUGCCGGUGGGAACCGUCAGUGGAGCACCAAAGGUGAAGGCGAUGGAGUUGAUCGAUGAAUUGGAGGCGAGGAGGCGAGGGCCAUAUAGCGGCGGAUUUGGGUGGAUCUCGUUCAACGAGGACAUGGAUAUUGCACUAGCUCUGAGAACAGUGGUGCUUCCGACGACGAGUUCUAGGAAUGACACGAUGCACAGUUACCAAGAUGCGAACAAGAGUCGCAGAGAAUGGGUAGCUCAUCUUCAAGCUGGUACUGGCAUUGUGGCUGACAGUGACCCCGACGAUGAACACCAAGAAUGUCUCGACAAAGCUGCGGCUCUUUCUCGCUCCAUUGACUUGGCUGAGACUGCUUUUCUUCACCCAUUUUGACGUCUAAUCUUUCAUUUUAUGAGUCUCAAUUGAAGAAGAACCCUCCAUCUACAAUGUGUUUGUAGGUUGCUGAGACACACUUAUGGAUCGGUCUUAAUUAAUUACUUCAAAUCGGAGAAAUAAGACCCGUCCAUGUCAAUGUUAUUAGCACAUGAAAUGGGGACUUUUGAAUCAAAUUAGUCCACCACAGUACAUACAUCUAAAGUGAACUGAGUGUAACUUUAGGUAGAAAGAUGUUAGAUGGCAAGCAUGGCUUUACUAAUCGUGUCUAGCUUGUAAUUUCAAGUUUGUAGUUGCCGGAAAAAAAGAAAGAAAGAAAAAUGAGUUAAAUCUUUUAAAA